AUGGCCGAUGUAUAUACGCUCUUAACUCUCCCUAGUACAUCCUCUGCAUUCUCUGCGUUGUCGACUCGUAUCAAUGUCGUAGAGCCUGGGUCAGCAUCUCCUCCCCGCAAGGUCGCUCGUUUGGACGCCGACUCAGAUUCCGCCUCUGCGUCGAGACCGAAAACACAUUCCGCAGGCAGUUUUUCUGCCAUAGGAGCGUCGCUGGAGCUGAAAGUAUUUGGAGCUCCCAUCAAGUUGAUUGUAGAUACUCGAGGUGAUAAUGACUUUCGCUUGGUCAAGCAGAACUGCCGUGCUCUUCUCGCCAGGGGAACUCAUGAGAAGCUCUCAACGAGCCUUAAUGACAUAUAUAGAGCAUGUCAAUCAGUGGUAUUAGUAUAUGGCAAGGGUGAGGGGAUCUACGAGAACGUCAAGAUUGAACUGGAGAGAUGCAUCGGCGGUCUAUCGAGUGAACUCCUUGGGAACAAGUCCCAAGAUACCGAAUGGCUCAUUCCGUUCAACGAUGCCUGUGCUUGGUUCGAGAAGCAAGUGGGCCUUCUACAAUCAUCACUGGCCUAUUUAGACAGAGUAUAUGUACAAAGCAAGAAAGAUCUUCCUACUAUAAGGCGACUAGCAUUUGAGCUUUUUGCGAGGGAAAUAUUGGAGAAUGCGAGCAUUAUGCAGAGGCUUCAAGCGAGUAUCAGAUCAUGGAUUGAAACCCCCCAUAAGCUUCGUGAUUGCAUUCCUGAACUCAAUCGACACCUUUUCAACCACGGCCAAUUUCACGUUAUCUUCGAAUCACUCUACAUGAAGCUUACUCAUGCGUUCUAUGUCAAUGAAUCGAACGAAUUCGUUCAGAAUGCGAAGAAUACCGCGACAGACUUCUUGCAACAUUGUAACCAGCGGCAGGUAGAAGAAGAGCAGAGAGUAGAUGCUAUUCUUCCUAGUUUCGUUAAAGAGGAAGUACUGGACACCACAUAUAGAGCGCUAUUGAGUGGCCGGUUGGAUUGGUUAACGAAAGGUGCUCUGGGAGGUCUUAUGGAGCAGAAGAAAGAGAAACAACUGGGGAUAAUGUAUCGUUUGUUUGCCCGUGUGGAUGGUCUGAAGGUGCUUUGUGGUGCCUUCAAACUACAUGUGCAGAUUACGGCGCGGGACAUCGUCAAAGACGUCGAACGUGACGAAGACAUGGUGCACCGGCUCCUUGAGUUCAAAUCUUUCUUAGACCGCCUGGUUGCAGCUGUUUUCGUCGAUGAAAUUACAGUACACCCUGUGGAACCAAUGAAAUCACCUGCGAAUGCUGGGCCUUCUAGUGCAGGGCAAGGCAGUUUGACGAAGAAAGUUCCGAACAAAGAGUUUAGCUAUGCCCUCAUUGAUGCAUUUCAAUCCGGAUUCAAGGCCCGUCGAAACAAACCGGCCGAAAUGAUCGCCAAAUACAUUGAUAGGGCUAUGCGGAAGGGUCAGAAGGGCAAGAAAGACGAGGACUUUCAGGCCGAACUUGACGCGGCACUGGGCUUGUAUCGGUUUACCGACGAUAAAGACGUCUUCAGAACGUUCUAUCACCGCGCACUUGCCAAGCGAUUGCUGCUGGAGCGAUCUGCAUCUGAUGAUUUCGAGAAGGCUAUGCUUAAACGGCUCAAAGAGCGUACGUCCUUGUAUAUCCUCCUCACGUUCAAUUUGGCCUCAAUCGUUUCCACAGAGUACGAUCCUGAAUUUGGAAUGGGUGAUCAUAUGUUCAACGAUCUUGCGCUCUCUCGGGACACGAUGCGUGAAUAUAUCGAAUAUCGUUCUCGCUUUGGAGAGGUUGCACAAGCAUCGGCUCAGAAACUCUCAGUCAUGGUUCUUCAGCGUAGCUUCUGGCCCUUCACUUCUCGGACGCAUGACGUCGACAUCUCAUCUUCGAUGCAAGAUGAACUUACGAAGUAUCACAAUUUCUACAAGAACAAGCAUCAAGGUCACAAGCUUGACUGGGAUCAUGCCCUUGGUACGGCGACACUGAAGGCCAGGUUCAAAAACGGUGAAAAGGAGCUUUCUGUUAGUUUGUAUCAAGCACUUGUCCUCCUAUUAUUCAAUGAGAGCCCCGAGCUGUCGUUCAAAGAAAUGAAGACGCUAACCCGUAUGGAGGAUACGGAGCUCCGACGAACGCUUCAGAGUCUUGCGUUGGGCAAAAAGCGAGUGCUCAGGAAGGUGCCAGUGGGCAAGGACGUGAAUGAUGACGAUACAUUCCAUUUCAAUCUGGACUUUACAGACCCUAGAUAUCAAGUUCAUAUCAACUCAAUUCAAGUCAAGGAGACGGCCGAAGAGUCGAAACGCACGCAGAGCUCGAUUGAAGGUGAUCGGAAACAUGCCCUUGAUGCCGCGAUCGUACGGGUGAUGAAGGCGAGAAAGGAGCUGUAUUAUGAACAGCUGAAGACGGCCACCAUUGACGCAGUCAAAUCUCACUUUGUCCCAGAGGUCAACAUGAUUAAACAGCGUAUUCAGGGAUUGGUGGAACAGGAAUACUUGCGGAGAGACGAGGACGAUAUGAGUUUGUACAUCUACGUGGCUUAG